AUGUCUCAAAUAGCGGCUCUCAUGGAACGUGCUCGAUCAGCUGAAGUCGCACAAGUAGGAAUGAUGUUGACAGCCGGUGUCACAGCGUUGGAAAAAACACGUGAUGAAGCAGCGCUAAAUCUUGCUGAAGCGGAAGACAAUCUUAAACGUGCUCGUACUCAUUCUGACAUGGAGACAAUGCGUCGGAGCGUAUCCGAGUGGAAGUGUGCGCACGAAGAAUGUAUCUCUGCUAUUUCCCAAGCACGAUCUGAGUUCGAAGCAGCAUGUGAAGCGAUACGCAAGGGACAGAGAACACUAGCUCAGUUCACUGAUCUAAGGGUUCCCCCCGCCCCUGUUCUUCCGAAAGUCGUGCGUUUGCCACCAGUGCAAGUUGUUCAACCAUCUACCCCAGCAUGUCCCACCACGACAUCUGUUUCUUCUGUAAUACAGCCUCCUCCAGCUGGAGUUAUAGGCCAGCCAAGAACUCCGCAAAGUAGUCGUUAUUCAUCACACGUCUCACCACGUGAUGGAAGCUCAUCAAAUAGCCAUGUGCCACAAUCGCCAUCGUCGUCAUCGAGAUCAGGAAAUCUUUCUAGCGCCCAACCACCAACUGGGCAAUUGUUCGAACGCUCGCCAAUGAAACAACCACUGCCAAUCGGUGUUCGUCCCGGCCCUGUACCAACCCCUGCCACACUGUCGAUGGAUGACUCAGCCGUUCCAUCUGCUGCUCCGCCAGCGGCUUCACCAUGGUCGUGGUCGACACCGCUUGGCAAUCUAGCCGACAUUCGCACGCUGAGACCUUCCUCCGAGCAAGCUCACCCGUUGCUCCAACAACAGACCCACCACGAAUUGUGGAGGAACGGCGCGUCAACGGAUUCCACACAGGUAUGUUCCUAUCGAGAGGGUUACAUUUCCACUAUCUGAAU